AUGGCGAACGACGACGACGACGGCGUCGCGGACGCGACGGUCUUCGCGAAACUGCCCGACCUCGCCGCCGGCGCGUUCGCGGAGGAUCCGUCGCGAUCGCGACUCGUCAAGUGGAACCUCGCGCCCAACACGCACGUCGUUCGGUUCCGGUACACGAAGCCGUUCCACAAGAUGGACCCCCAGGGUUUCUUGCGCGACUUCUUCAGCAGCGAGCGCGUGCGCGAGCACUUCGUCGUGAUCGACGCGAGCGGCGCGAGGCGCACGCUCGCGGAGCUCGGCCUCGACAGGGCGCGCGGCGGCCGAUGCGUCGACGUGAAAUUCGCGCCGACUCCGUGCGCGGCGACGUCGAUGGCGCACUUCGACGCGCUCGAGUCCCAGGACGCGCCCAACCCGAUCGUGCGCGCGGGGACGGAGUACAUACACAAAUGUAUCGACGACGUCGUGCGCGGGUUCCCGGUGUGCGACCUCCUGCGCGACUUUCUCCUCCGCGGCGACGAGAGCGAAAACGCGUCGCUGUGGAGCGACGCGCAGCGCGACGAGUUCAUCGCCCGAGUGUUCAGGCGCGUUCUCUUCUCCUCACACUGGACUUUUGCAUUCGUCUCUCUCCGCCCACCCCUCGCUUUCAAUACCCGCCUACGAUACCUUUCAACUCCACCACUGACGCCUUUCGACGCCGCCCCGACGUUAUUCGCUUUUUCGCGCGGACGUUCGACCCUCAGACACCUCGUCAUCGGCGGCAGCAUGUGCCAGUACGAGGACACGCUGGGCGCGUACCUGGAGACGACGAAGGCGGUGUACAAGACGCUCGUGCGCGCGAGGAAGGACGCGUCGAGCGGCGGAAACGGCGGCGAGGGGGAGCCCGCGGCUGUGGUCGCCACGGACGUGUACGAGGUGACCGGGGCUUCGUUCGCGUCCGACGUUGGCGCGGAGGCGGGCGAGGGGACGUCGCUCGCGCUGUUCCCGAGGAUCAGCGAGCAGAACUGGUGUUACCUGUGCGUGGACGCGCGGCGGAGGCACGCCACGGUGUGGUAUCAUGCGUUCGUGCCGUACUGGUGA